CGGGCAACACCGGGGUAGAUAUAGCAUAAUACUUCACCUGAUAUUCUUUGAUAUAAGCCUACAUUUUCACAUCGAGCAAGGAUUAGUGGAGCCAUAGAAUUCAGAAAAUCAUGACACAGGAUGGAGAAGUAAAGAACGAUCCAGCAGCAAGAGGCAGCAAAAUGAAUGUCGGAAGAACCUCGAAAGGUAUUCUGUAUCGUGUGGAGAAUGGAAUAGCGACCAUCACACUCAACAGACCAAAGAAGAAAAAUGCUUUCACACCACAGAUGUACCUUGAUCUACAAGGUGCUCUCAUUGCAGCAGGGCAAGAUGAUAAUGUAGUCAUUGCCGUAAUCACAGGUGUUGGGGACUAUUACUGUAGUGGGAAUGAUCUUGGGAAUUUCACGACAGUUGACAUCACUAAUUUGGAAGAGGCGUCAAAACAACAGAGCCUUCUAUUAGAGAGAUUUGUAAAUGCCUUCAUCGAUUUCCCGAAGCCUCUGAUUGCAGCAGUUAACGGGCCUGCCAUUGGUAUUGCUGUAACUACAUUGGCGCUGAUGGAUGUUGUCUUCGCCUCUGACAGAGCAAAAUUUCACACCCCUUUCGCUGCUCUUGGUCAGAGUCCAGAAGGAUGCUCUUCCUAUACUUUCCCCAAGAUUAUGGGAGCAGCGAAGGCGAAUGAGAUACUGUUAUUUGGUAAGAAGCUGACCGCCCAGGAGGCGUUUGACCGUGGUCUGGUCACAGAGGUCAUUCCUGAUGCUCAGUUCAGAGAGACAGUGGACAAGAAGGUCAAGGAAUAUGCUCAACUUCCUAGAAACUCUAUGCGACUUUCCAAGAAUCUGAUUUGGGAGACCGAGAAAGAGCGCCUGUACAAGGUGAACCGAGCCGAGUGUGAUCUCAUUACAGAGAGAUGGACAUCAGACGAGUUUGCCCAGGCCAUCAUGAACUUCUUCUCAAAAUCAAAGCUUUAAUGAACUCAUCCAAAAUUAUGAAUUACACCCCGGAAAUAUCAUGAAUCAUUAUCUAAGACAUCCUUGUUACCCAUGAUUUGGAAAUUUAUCAAUGCAAUUUAAAACAUUGCAUGUCUGUUUAAAAUGUGUUCGUUUUAUUGUAAUUGUUAUUUUGAUUCUAGUAAAGCAUAGUCUGUUUAGUCUAAGUACGGAUAUUCCAGAGAAUGGUCCCUAUAAAUCUGGUACUGAAUUGACUUGAACAUAUUAAGUUGUUUCGAUAAUUCUGCUUAUUAGCCAUUCCUUACUUGCUUUCCACUCACUCUUUGAAGUAACACACGUCACUAUAACGUCUUGUGUUUGUUCUAUUUUUGUUUUUUCUUGAAUUUUUAAAACCACAAUGGACUAUUAACCCCGAUUAUUAGUUAUUGACCGUGUUGUGUGUAUAAUUGUACUUUUUGCAAUAUUGUAUUCUACGUACUUUUAAGUUUGCUCGUAACUGUGAACACUUCAGCCAUUGAUUGCUAAUCACGAUUUGUAUUAUGACAUGAAUUAAAAAAAUAAAAAUUAAA